AUAUUUUAAUCCUUAUUCUAUUUUAUUUUAUUUAUGUUCCUCCUUUUGAUAGAUAAAAGGGUCAGAGUAUUGAUUAUCUGAACUGUUGAAUAUUUAGGUAUAUUAAUUAUGGCAGAGGCUUUUGCUUUCCAUUAGCAGUUAGCACCACCAUUCACUCCAAAAUGCUUCAAUUUGCCAUUGUUCUCUCUCAUCAUCACUUUUACAUUACUAUCUGCUGCUUCUAGGGUUUUCCAUUUCCCACCUGAUUUUAUUUUUUUCUUCCUAUUUUCAUGGCUGAUUUGCUCAAUCAACCUUAAAAGAAUCAUGGGUUAGUUGCGAAAACAGCUUUUAAAAGGAAGAAAGAAAGAAGAAGAUCUCCAGAUUCAGUAGCUGCAGGCUUUUCUUCUGAUAUAAGAAACCCUUGUUUUUCCGAUCCUCAUCACUAAUCUUAAUUUCCACGAAAACAUCUUCUUCAACUGUUUGAUAUUUUAAGGAAGGAAAAAAGAAUAUAUAGAAUGGCCUCUUCAAGCAGCACUUACUCAAACCCUCCGUGCGCGGCGUGCAAAUUCCUGCGGCGGAAAUGCCUCUCCGGCUGCAUCUUCGCCCCGUAUUUCCCGCCGGAGGAGCCGACGAAAUUCGCCAACGUCCACAAAAUCUUCGGCGCGAGCAACGUGAGCAAGCUGCUGAACGAGAUCCUCCCUCACCAAAGAGAAGAUGCUGUGAAUUCGCUGGCAUAUGAAGCCGAAGCUCGGCUCAAAGACCCCGUCUACGGCUGCGUGGGCGCCAUCUCCGUCUUGCAGAGGCAGGUCAUUCAGCUCCAGAAGGAGCUCGACGCCACCAAUGCAGAUUUGAUGCGUUACACUAAUCAGAAUUAUGGUCAGCAGAGGAGGAAUAUGGGUUAUGGAUCCGGAGUCGGGUCGUACAACUCCAACCCGGGCUAUUCGGUUGCAUAUUCUUAUGGGGAAAACCCGGCUGCUCAUGGCACCAACUGAAUCUCAUCAUCUUCUUCCUUUUCAUAUAUAUGUGUGUGUGUAUAUACAUAUAUAUAACACUAUCAUUAAUAUUGCAUGCAUGCUUGUGAUCAUCUAGUGUUGAUCACUUAUAUAUACACUUUUGAUAUGUGAUAUCAUGUCUUGUACUUAUAUUGAUUUGUGGGAAUAAGAGUUCAACAUUAUAUUGCGUUUGGAAUUAAUAAAGAAUAGGUUUUGGAAUCA